AUGGUGAACGUAAAAAAGGGUGUUCUGAUCGAGUGCGACCCAGCAAUGCGACAAUUGCUUGUACAUCUUGAUGAACAACGUAUCCUUGGCAUGAAAUUUGUUGUCAAAGAGCUCGAUGAUACACAUAUCUUUGUCGACCGUGAGAUAAUUCCAAUAUUGGAGCAAAAAAUCGAUGAAUUGAUGGAUUCGUUGACACCAGAUUAUGAGUGA